CAUAACUCAAAUUUCAGCAUGGACAGAAUUACGAGAGGUAGAGGGGGCCAAAGAGAGCAAAAUCUAACAAGGUGGGGAGAUUGGCAAGAUCGUGACUUAGGUAGCAUCUAGAUGAAGAUUCCUCCGUUUCAAGGCAAGAAUGAUCUAGAUGUGUAUUUGGAGUGGGAAAAGAAGGUGGAAUUGGUGUUUGAUUGCCAUAACUAUUCUAAGGAGAAAAAGGUGAAACUAGCGGCGGUGGAAUUUACUGAUUAUGCUGUGGUGUGGUGGGAUCAGCUUGUGCUUAGUCGACGUAGAAAUCAAGAGCAUCAUGUUGACACUUGGGAAGAGAUGAAAGCUGUGAUGAGAAAACGAUUUGUUCCUAGUCACUACCACCGUGAUCUCUAUCAACGAUUGCAGGGCCUUACUCAAGGGUCCAAAAGCGUUGAGGAUUAUCACAAAGAGAUGAAAAUUGCAAUGGUUAGAGCGAAUGUGGAAGAGGACAGAGAAGCAACUAUGGCACGGUUUUUGCAUGGCUUAAAUCAUGAUAUAGCUAAUGUGGUGGAGUUACAGCAUUAUGUGGAAUUGGAAGAUAUGGUGCAUAUGGUGAUGAAAGUAGAAUGGAAACUCAAGCCCGCAGCAUCUAAGUCAAAAGAAGUUGGCAACAAUGAGAAGAGUAAAACAGAUAAUACACAAGGCAAAAACCGAGACAUCAAGGGUUUUCGAUGCUUAGGAAGGGGGCAUGUUGCAUCGCAAUGUCCUAAUAAGCACACGAUGAUCUUGAGAGAAGAUGGAGAAAUUGAAACCGAGGGUGAAUCUAAUGAUGAAUCUAUGCCACCAUUAGAAGAUGCUAAUGAUGGUGUGGAAUAUGCUGUUGAUGGAGGACUGCUCGUCACUAGGCGAGCUUUGAAUCUGCAAGCUAAAGAAGAUGAUGAAGUACAACAUGACAAUAUAUUUCACAUGAGGUGCCAUGUCAAAAACAAGGACUUCAAGGACGUGUUUCUAGAAGACAUCCCUAAUGAUUUACCACCAAUAAGAGGAAUUGAGCAUCAGAUUGACUUCAUUCUAGCUGCAACAAUUUCAAACCGACCAGCAUAUUGAAGCAACCCCAAUGAGAUGAAAGAACUUUAAAAGUAGGUUGAAGAACUCAUGAAGAAGGGGCAUGUGAGAGAAAGCAUGAGUCCAUGUGCAGUUCCAGUGCUACUUGUGCCUAAGAAGGAUGGGACUUGGUGUAUGUGCGUUGAUUGUCACGCUAUCAACAAAAUCACUGUAAAGUA